GUCACGCAGCCGCGGAAUUUUAUAUCAUGGAUUUGAAUCAAUCCAAUAUUGUCGUCCUCAAUGUGGCUCAAGAGGAGUUACACCUAUCUGCAAAGAUGGCUUCCAGGAGUACGCCACACUUCAAGCCCCCGUUGACCAUCAUCAUCCCAUACGGGCUGAAGAGUUGGCUAGAAUGUCUUUGCAGAGCCAUAUUCAUUGAGGGACCAAGGCAGAUACCGGAAUUUAUUGCCGCCUAUUGCGUUGAGCUGCUCGAAUUUAGAGAACGCAAUCCUUUGAUGGAUACCAAGGAUGUUACACAUCUGUACCAGGAGAUACGGGAGGCAAAUUACGUCAAAGACUGGAUAGUAUGCCCAGUGCCACAAGCUGCCAUAGACUGCUGCCUGCCUGAGGAGACCCUGUCAGUCAGCCAGAGGACCAAUCCAAGGUCGUUCAAGGUCCCCUCCAGCAAGCCCAUGGGUGAGCCAGAUAAGCAGGUUCAGACUCUGAGCAGCCUCCCUGGAGAAACCCACCAUAGAACCCACCCUGGAGAUGGACCUCAGUCCAGCCCAACCGACCUUGGAGGUCAACCCAGCCCAGCUGUGGAAGAGGAGGCCCAGGCCCGGCCAGGCUCUGCUGUGCAGUCAUUCGUGUUCCAGAGAGCUCCAUCAUUGGACAGUCUACUCGAGGCCAACCACUCUCAAGUCUUGAUCAGCGCUCCAACCGAUGACGUCAUCGUCGCCCACUCUGCGAACCUUCAGGAGACCAUUGUCUUCCGAAGCAACAGUCGUCCAUAUUCAGGUGUAUCUCCCCGAGGUAGUUUGACUAAGAUUCCUUCAGUUGGUGAGGUUGUUAAGAUCGGGGUGAAUGACACAACCGAGGUGAUGUCUGAUGUGGUGGUGUUCCACCAAGUGCCCUCAUUGGAGAACCUGCCCUGCACGCCGUCUGCCUUGAGUAAUGCCUCUUUAGCUGUUGAGGAAACAGUGGAUCAGUUGGUGAGAAGCAGAGAAUUCUUACUGGAGAAUGUGGUGUCUGGCUCGCCGUCCAUUAAGAUGGUGGCUUCAGCUGCAGCUUUGCAGCAGGCAAACACAGAGAAAGUAUCCUCCUCAGAGAUAGUGGGAGUCGGGGCAGCACGGAGAGUGUCCUCAGUCAGGAUGCCCAGUAGAGAGGAGAGUGUGGGGAGAACAACAGAGACACCAAAGAGAUACACAUCUCCACAAAUAUCUCUUCUGUCAGCUCAUUCUGCUGAAUAUCUGAAGGCUACAUACAAGCCAUCCACCCCCAGCCUUGCCAGGGUUACCUCUGCACCUUGUGGUGAGAGAGAGGCAGCAGCAACUAUUUCGCCUAAAUCCAGUCUGGUCAGGGUUUCCUCUGUCUCUACUGGUGAGAGAGCAGCAGAACCAGCCUGCAAAGAAGUCUUCUCUAAUGUGGAAGAGACUUACACAUUACCAUCAACAGAGGACCUACUGGUGUCUUCAACUGCUUCAGUUGGUAGAAUUUCACCAGGGGUGUCUGCAAUAUUUUCCAAAAGUGUUUUAUCAGGAAGAGCUUUCUCUGAACCAGAAAUAGUUGGUGCAGCACACAGAGGGUCCUUAGUCAGGAUAACCAGCAGACAGGAGGGUGUGGGGAGAAGACCAGAUACUCUGGGAGAUGUGCAUCUCUCUGGUGUAUCUCCAGAAGCAUAUUUUGUGUCAGUCUCUCCAGUGAUGUUUGAAGAAGAGGACUGUUGUGUAAUCGCCACUCACUCUGCUUUAGUGAAGAAAGCAGUCAAAUUGGCCCACUCAGAAAAUAUCUCUCCUACUACUUCACCCAGCAUAGACCUGGCCUGGGAGGAGCUUCUGCAGACAUCAGCAUCCGACCUGGAUAAAGUAGCCCUCGAGGCUUUCGAGAUUGUCAACCAAAAAUUACAAUGCUUAGGGAUAGAAAUAUCUGAAUUGGCAUCCAACCCUGUGGCUGUGUCUCAGUCCCUUAACACUCUCUCUUAUCAGGAUCUCUCUCACUCGCUUUCAGCCGUGGAGGAAUUCUCUACUGCCUCAGCAAGACGCUCAGAAGGUGACAUCUCUGAAAGAGAAACAGCAGAGGGAGAAGCCAUCUCUGUUAGGGAGAUUACACCAGCAGUGUCAACAAGGUGUUCUGCCAGUAAUGUAUCAGAAAGAGUUCCCUUUGAAAAAGUAGUUUUGGGAGCAGCAGUACCAUCAUUGGAGGAGCUAUCAGAGUCACCAACAGCACUUGCCUUUGUGGGUGAGGCUUCACCAGCAGUGUCUGCCAAUGAUGUAUUAGAAAGAGCUCCAUCUGAAACUGCAGUAGUGGGAGCAGAGCUACUAGAGAGACACACAACUCCAAAAGUCCCUCCUCAAACAUCAUUUGUGUCAGCUUAUUCUGGUGGAUUGAUGAAUGCUACAAACGUGUCACCUAAAUCCAGCCUGGCCAGGAUUCCCUCUGGAUAUAUCAGUGAAGGUGUGUCACCAGCAGUGUCUGCAAUAUGUCCUGCUAGUGACUUGCCAGAAAGAGCUUCCUCUGAAACAGCAGUAAUGGACACAGCGCCCAGAGUGAUCCACUCUACACCAUCAAUGGAUGAGCUACUGGUUUUACCAACUUCUGUUGAUGGGUUUUCACCAGCAGUGUCUUCAAGAUCUUCAAGAGGUACUUUGUCAAAAAGAGCUCCCUCGGAAACAGCAGUGGAGGGGGUAAGAUAUUCUGAAAGUGGUUUAUCAGGGAGCGCUUUCUCUGAAACAGAUCUAGUUGAUGCAGCACAAAGCGUGUCCUCAGUCAGGAUACCCAGUAGAGAGGAGAGUGUGGGGAGAACAGCAGAGACACCAGAGAGACACACAUCUCCCAGAGUUUCCCCACAGACAUUUUCAGAGUCGGCUACAGGCUUGUCAUCUAAGCCAGAGCCCCAUCUGAGUGAUUCUCUAACAGAGUCAGGAUCUUUGCAAGUCAUCUUUAAUAUGGAGGAGACGUAUACAACACCAUCUAUGGGGGAGAUUUCUAUUUCUGCCUCCACUGGUGAAAGAGCAGCAGAAUCAGCUUCUAGAGAACCGUUGUAUAUGGGUGAGACAUAUAAACCACCAUCAAUGGCAGACCUACCAGGGUCUCCAGCUGCUGUUGGAGGCAUUUCACCAGCAGUGUCUGGUAGAUGUUCACAAAGUGACAUGGCAGAAGAAGCUCCCUCGGAAACAGCAGGAGGCAGUCACACAUCUUCCAGAGUACCUCCUAAAGUUCCUCCACAAACAUCCUGGAGCUCAGCUACAGGCUUGGCAUCUGAGUCCAGUUUGGCCAGGGUUCCCUCUGUGUCUCUUAGUGAUGGUGCAAAAGUACCAGCUCAGAUAGACAAAACACUGUCAAUGGAGGAGCUACUGGCGUCUCCAUUGUACUCUCAGUGGGCAAUGUCACCAGCCGGUUCUGAAAGAGUGUCCUCCGUCAGGAUACCCAGUAGAGAGGAGAGUGUGGGGAGAACAGCAGAGACACCAGAGAGAUACACAUCUCCUGGAGCUUCUCCAAGAGUUUCUCCACAAACCUCUCUUGUAUCAGCUCAUGUUGUUAAAUCUCUGUCUGGUACAGACAUUUCUCAACAAUCCAGUCUGCCUAGGAUUCCCUCUGCACCAUCAAUAGACAGAUACACAUCUCCCAGAGUUUCUCAAAGAGUUUCUCCACAAACCAGUCUGGCCAGGAUUCCCUCUGCAUCAUCAAUGGAGGAGCUACUGUUGUCUCCCUCUGCUUCUGUUGGUAGAGUUUCUACAGCAGUUUCAAGAAGAUCUUUAAGAAGUAGUUUGUCAGAAAGAGAUCCUUCUGAAACAGUCAUAAGGUAUUCUGAAAGCAUUUUAUCAGGAAGAGCUCUCUCUAAAACAGAAGUAGUCGAUGCAGCACAGAGAGUGUCCCCAGUCAGGAUACCCAGUAGAGAGGAGAGUGUGGAGAGAAUACCAGAGACAUGCACAUCUCCCAGAGUUUCUCCUAGAAUUUCUCCCAGAGAUUCUCCACAAUCCAGUCUGGCCAGGAUUCAAUCUGCACCAUCAAUGGAGGAGCCACUGGUGUCUCAAUCUGCUGCUGUUGGCAGAGUAUCUCCAGCCAGGAGUGGAGUCUCUCUAGUAAUGUCUCUAGGAAUUUCUGCAGCUAAUGUGGUUGGGCCAGUGUGUUUCAAAGAUGUGUCACAGAUUAUGCCGACUAAAACACCAGAGAAUCAGGGUUCGGCCUCCUCCGUCAGGAUACCCAGUAGAGAGGAGAGUGUGGGGAGAACAGCAGAGACACCAGAGAGACACACAUCUCCCAGAGUAUCACCAAGAACUUCUCCAAGAGUUUUUCCACGAACCUCUCGUACAUCGGCUCACGAUGGUGAAUUUCUGUCUGGUACAGACAUUUCUCCACAAUCCAGUCUGCCUAGGAUUCCCUCUGAACCAUCAAUAGACAGACACACAUUUCCCAAAGUUUCUCAAAGAGUUUCUUCACAAUCCAGUCCCGCCAGGCAUCCCUCUGCACCAUCAAUGGAGGAGCUACUAUUGUCUCCAUCUGCUUCUGUUGGUAUAAUUUCACCAGCAGUUUCAAGAACAUCUUCAGAAACAGCUCCUUCUGAAACUGUCAUACGAUAUUUUGAAAGUGACUUAUCAGGAAGAGCUUUCUCUGAAACAGAACUAGUUGAUGCUGCACAGAGAGUGUCAACAGUCAGGAUACCCAGUAGAGAGGAGAGUGUGGGGAGAACACCAGAGAAACCAGAGAGACACACAUCUCCCAGAGUUUCUCCUAUAACUUCUGCAAGAGUUUCUCCAAGAUUUUCUCCAGAAACAUCUCUUCUAUCAGCUCAAGUUGGUGAAUCUCUGUCUGGUACAGACAUUGCACCACAAUCCAGUCUGCCCGGGAUUCCAUCUGCGGCAUCAAUAGAGGAGCUACAGAUGUGUCUAACUGCUUCUGUUGAAAGAAUUUCACCUGCAGUUUCAAGAUCUUCAAGAAGUAGUUUGUUAGAAAGUGCUUCCUCUGAAAAGGCAACAAUUAAAACAGUAUACAGAGAAGAGAGUGUGGAGAGAACAGCAGAAACAACAGAGAGUCACACAACUCAACACGUGUCUUUCAGAGCUCCUUUGGCAACAUCUAAGACAAGAGUCCUUUCUGAUGUGGCAGUUUUGUACAGACCAUCCAUUGCUGAAGGCCUUUGUCUUGAGGUCUUGGACACGGAGUCUGACCAGCUGAAAACACCAAUGAGUGCCAUAGCUCCCUCUCACACUGCAGCAAUGGAAACAGCUCAGGAUACAGUCAGGAUACCCAGUAGAAUGGAGAGUGCAAGGAGAGAAGCAGAAACACAAACAUAUUUUGCAUCAGGAUUAUUGGACAACAGUACACAAGUUUCAGGAACUUCAGUCCGCCUUCAUGAAGAGGUGACUGCCCACCCUACCGAAGUGCAGCAGGGGACCCUGCAACUUGGAGUUUCUCUAGGAGUUUCUCUAGCCAAUAUGGUUGGGCCUCAAAACACACAGUCACAGAGUGUACAGACUGGACCAGAUUAUCAUGGCCCGCCCUCACAUAGCGUUCCUAUUGGAGCAGGACGUGUCACUCCUGAUGCUCAGCCUGCCUUCGAGGAUUUUACCAAUCAGGUCUGGACACUAUACCACUUGGACAAUGAGACGGAGGAGGGCACACUGUCCACUAACACUAUCUCCCAGCCUCCGUUCAAUGGAAGUGCUUUCAUUCGCAACUUUGGGUCUAGACAUGUGUUACUGGCAGAGAGGUCCCCUUCCCCUCAGCAGUCUGACCCCCAGUCGUGGUGUGGCCGACCCAGACAACAGCCCCAGCCACCACCGUUCCCAAUGUACCCAAGAAGGGCCUUCACACCCAGGUCACAGAGCUCAACCCGCCGCCCUCCACCCCAGCAUCCGACUAUCCUCAACCUGGAGAUCAGCAUCCCCAACUACUUCCUGUUCCUCGAUGGCAACCAGGUGUCCCUGAGCCAGAGCGCUCGUAGUGUUCCGGCCUCAAUGUUUUCCAGGUCGAGAUCUGCUGUGGUCAGGACGGACGACCCCCCGGGGUACCUGUCCUUCUCCGUUCCAAUGGAGAUGGUGAGCGGAGGUUCCGGUCAGGACGGUCAGGCCCAGUUCCUGCAGGUCAUCAGUGAUGAAGGAAACACUGUUUACUCCCCCGCUCUCAUACACAUUGUCACCUCUGAACACACAGAGAAAGAGGACCAGGAAGAAUCCAGGAGGUGGCCAACUAGUGCCCCAUGUAAUUGGUAGGGGACUGUUGUCUAGUAUCAAUAAACAUGUGUGCAUAUCAUUUAAAACGUUCUCCCUCUUCAUUAAAUAAACACAUGUUUUAAGU